AUGAAGGGCUUGUUCGGCCUAGCGUUGCUUCCGCUGCUCACAGUUGCCUCACCUGUGGUGGUGGACUCCAUCCACAAUGGGGCAGCUCCCAUCAUCUCCUCCACCAACUCCCAGGAGGUUUCCGAUUCGUACAUCGUCGUGUUUAAGAAGCAUGUCGACCCUUCGGCUGCGGCCGUUCACCACAGCUGGGUGCAGGACAUCCACGCGAGCCAGAACGGCCGUAUGGAGCUGAAGAAGCGAUCGCUCUUCGGCUUCGACACCGAUGCCUUCCUGGGAUUAAAGCACACCUUCCACGUGGCUGGUUCACUGAUGGGUUAUUCCGGUCACUUCCACGAGGAUGUCAUCGAGCAGGUCCGCCGGCAUCCGGAUGUUGAGUAUAUUGAGAAGGACUCCUUGGUUCACACCAUGGAAAAGCCCACCGUUGAGAAGAACGCUCCCUGGGGUCUGGCGCGUAUCUCCCACCGGGACAGCCUCUCCUUCGGUACCUUCAACAAGUACCUGUACGCUGAGGAUGGUGGCGAGGGCGUUGAUGCCUACGUGAUUGACACCGGUACCAACACCGAGCACGUUGAUUUCGAGGGCCGUGCCAACUGGGGCAAGACCAUCCCCGAGAACGACGAGGACGAGGACGGUAACGGCCACGGCACUCACUGCUCUGGUACUAUCGCCGGUAAGAAGUACGGUGUUGCCAAGCAGGCCCACGUCUACGCCGUCAAGGUGCUGCGCUCCAACGGCUCCGGUACCAUGUCCGAUGUCGUCAAGGGUGUCGAGUGGGCUGCCGAGGCUCACAUCAAGAAGGCCAAGGAUGCUAAGAACGGCAAGGUCAAGGGCUUCAAGGGCAGUGUUGCCAACAUGAGUCUGGGCGGCGGAACCUCUCGUACUCUUGACCUCGCCGUGAACGCUGCCGUCGAUGCCGGUAUCCACUUCGCUGUCGCUGCUGGCAACGACAACGCCGAUGCUUGCAAGUACUCGCCCGCCGCCGCCGAGAAGGCCGUCACUGUUGGUGCCUCCACUCUGGCUGAUGAGCGUGCCUACUUCUCCAACUACGGAAAGUGCACUGAUAUUUUCGCCCCCGGCCUGAACAUCCUCUCCACCUGGGUCGGCAGCAAGUACGCCGUCAACACCAUUUCUGGAACCUCUAUGGCCUCUCCCCACAUUGCUGGUUUGCUGGCCUACUACGUCUCUCUCCAACCCUCUUCCGACUCAGCCUACGCCGUCGACGAGAUCACUCCCAAGAAGCUCAAGGAGGCUCUGAUUACUAUUGCCACCUCCGGUGCCCUGACUGACAUCCCCUCUGACACUCCCAACCUUCUCGCCUGGAACGGUGGUGGCUCGUCCAACUACACCGAGAUCCUAGCCAAGGGUGGCUAUAAGGCUGGUACCACCGUGGAGGACGUGGAGACCCGCAUCAGCAGUCUCGUCAACAAGGCCGAGAAGAUCGUGGACCAGGAGCUCGGCGCCAUCUACAGCGAGAUCAAGAAGGCCGUUGUCGUCUAG